AUGUCACUGGGUGUCACGGUAUGCUAUGCGAGCACAUACGAGGGAUACGAGCGAUACGAGCGAUACGAGCCAUACCGACACGGCCACACGCACUCGGAAUCUCGGUGCUUGGCAAGUACGCAUGGCGCUGGCAUCAGCUACGACUACGAUACCUUGGUGUUUCUGACUUUUAUCGUGGUGAUAUUUCACGCUGGCAGAUAUACAAUUUCAGCCGCUAAUCCCAUUACCGUUUUUUCAUUUAUCCACGAUUUGGUACAGUAUAACGUAGCGGGAGUACCACUCAUCCACGAGCAAACGCAGUGGGAUUUCGAGCCAGAGGUCGGUAAACAGAGAAGAGUCAAGUACGAGCAAGAAAAUGGUCGUCACGGUGAAAUUGCGAUAGCAAAGAUUGGUAUGGGUAUUGGACUAUGAGGAUACAAGAUACAAGGUACAACGGACUAUGAGCAACGUCUGCACAAACACCAAUCGACACGACAACUAAUAGUCAUUUCGAAGAUUGUACUGUUGUAAUCAGAAAUCCAUGUUACGCUAUAAUGGGAUCAAAGUCAUCUUCCCGUUCAAGGCCACGUUCCUUCGCUGUCGCGAAUCACGUUUGUUCGAUCCUUGUCAGGCACAGAAUAGAAUAAAACAUCUGGGUACAGAUACGGCCAAUGGGACACGAACAAUGUCGGUAACAAACUGAAUGGUGAGAUUAAUUAGCUACGCAGUGAUCUUGAACGGCCAAUUGACUUUAUUCCGACUGUAGUCUCUACGAAGGUCUGUUAUACAUACAUAUACAAAUUCGAAUAACAUAAAUAAAGUCAAGAAAUACGUUUACUCGAAUAA